GCAGUAGUGACACACAGUCACACACACAAACAGUAUUGGAGAUUUUAUUUAUUGAAGGAGAUUUUUUAUUUAUUAAAGGAUAUUUAUUUAUUUUCUCACUAAGGACUUUAUACACUACAGACAAAUUAAAGGCAUGAACAUCAAUGUGCUGUCAACAGGGAUUCUUGCAGUGCUCCUGUUCGUUCCCAGCCAGGCCUUCCCCAGACACGCGGACAGCAGGGAGUUCCACAGCGAUGUAGAGGACUCACAACUUCUGCUGUCGAGCAGCAAAGACUCCUCCGUCCAUCCACACUCAAGGAGAACCCACAAUACCCAUAGCAACUAUGGCUUGCUGGAAGAAGACUAUGAAUACAUACUGGUCAGCGAGGACAGUGAGCUUCCCCCUCCACCUGUGGCCGUCCGUGCCAAGAGGAAGGUGGAAGGCUUCGAAGGGUCGCUCCUAAGCCGAGUGCGACGGGAGAUAGUGGAGUCUGACGACGAAGGCUCGGGAAUGAUCGACACCACAACAGCGGCCACCACGACAGUAAAGCCUGUAACCGCAGAGGCCAUCACGUCCACUGCAGCCAACACAGCUGCGCAGAACGCAGAGACUACAACUGCUGCCCCAGCAACCGCUGCCGACACCACCACAGUCGCUGAAGCAACAACCACUGAAGCAACAACCGCUACCACCGCUGCCCCAACAACCACAGCUGCUGAACCAGCCACAUCAACAACCGCUGCCCCAACAACCACUGCGGCCGCCACCGAGGCACCAACAACUGUCCCAGUCACCACUGAAGCAACAACUGCUGCUGAUACCACUACCGCUGCAACCACCACUGCAGCUGCUGACACAACCACCGCUGCCGCUGCAACCACUGCUGCUGCUGACACGACUGCUGCCGCAACCACUGCAGCUGCUGACACAACGACUGCUGCCGCUACCACUGCAGCUGCUGAAACAACGACUGCUGCCGCUACCACUGCAGCUGCUGAAACAACCACCCCUGCCGCUGCCACUGCCACCACCGCUGCCGCCGCAACCACUGCUGCUGCUGACACAACCACUGCUGCCACUACCACCGCUGCCAUGGCUACCACUGCUGCUGCUACCACUGCAGCUGCUGAAACAACCACUGCCGCCGCAACCACCACUGCAGCUGCCACCACUGCAGCUGCUGAAACAACCACUGCUGCCGCCACUGAGGGACCAACAACAGCUGCCCCAGUCACCACUGAAGCAACAACUGCUGCUGACACCACUACCGCUGCCGCCACUACAGCUGCUGCCACAACCACUGAAGCGACAACCACUGCUGCUGACACCACCAACGCACCAACUACAGCUGCCACAACCACUGCUGCCGCUACAACUGCUGCUGCUACCACUGCUGCUGCUGACACAACGACUGCUGCCGCUACCACUGCUGCUGCUGACACAACGACUGCUGCAGCUGCCACCACUGCAGCUGCUGACACAACCACCGCUGCCGCUACCACCACUGCCGCUGCUACCACUGCUGCUCCUGCCACCGCUGCUGCUGACACAACCACUGCUGCCGCUACAACUGCAGCUGCUGACACAACCACCGCUGCCGCUACCACUGCAGCUGCUGAAACAACCACCGCUGCCGGUGCCACCACUGCUGCCGCCACCGAGGCACCAACAACAGCUGCCCCAGUCACCACUGAAGCAACAACUGCUGCUGGCACCACUGCCGCUGCAACCACCACUGCAGCUGCUGACACAACCACCGCUGCCGCUGCAACCACUGCUGCUGCUGACACAACCACAGCUGCCGCUACCACCGCUGCUGCUGACACAACCACUGCUGCCGCUACCACUGCAGCUGCUGACACAACCACUGCUGCCGCUACCACUGCAGCUGAUGACACAACGACUGCUGCCGCUACAACUGCAGCUGCUGAAACAACCACCGCUGCCGCUGCUACCACUGCAGCUGCUGAAACAACCACCGCUGCCGCUACCACUGCAGCUGCUGAAACAACCACCGCUGCCGCUGCCACCACUGCAGCUGCUGAAACAACCACCGCUGCCCCAACAACCACUGCUGCCGCCACCGAGGCACCAACAACAGCUGCCCCAGUCACCACUGAAGCAACAACUGCUGCUGGCACCACUGCUGCUGCAACCACCACUGCAGCUGCUGACACAACCACCGCUGCCGCUACCACUGCAGCUGCUGAAACAACCACCGCUACCGCUACCACUGCAGCUGCUGAAACAACCACCGCUACCGCUACCACCGCUGCCGCUGCUACCACUGCUGCUCCUGCCACCGCUGCUGCUGACACAACCACUGCUACUGCUACCACUGCAGCUGCUGACAUAACCACCGCUGCCGCUACCACUGCAGCUGCUGAAACAACGACUGCUGCCGCUGCCACCACUGCAGCUGCUGAAACAACCACCGCUGCCGCUGCCACCACUGCUGCUGCUGAAACAACCACCGCUGCCGCUGCCACCACUGCUGCCGCCACCGAGGCACCAACAACAGCUGCCCCAGUCACCACUGAAGCAACAACUGCUGCUGGCACCACUGCCGCUGCAACCACUGCUGCUGCUGACACAACCACAGCUGCCGCUACCACUGCAGCUGCUGACACAACCACAACUGCCGCUACCACUGCAGCUGCUGGCACAACGACUGCUGCCGCUACAACUGCAGCUGCUGAAACAACCACCGCUGCCGCUGCCACCAUUGCAGCUGCUGAAACAACCACCGCUGCCCCAACAACCACUGCUGCCGCCACCGAGGCACCAACAACAGCUGCCCCAGUCACCACUGAAGCAACAACUGCUGCUGGCACCACUGCCGCUGCAACCACCACUGCAGCUGCUGACACAACCACCGCUGCUGCUGCAACCACUGCUGCUGCUGACACAACCACAGCUGCCGCUACCACUGCAGCUGCUGAAACAACGACUGCUGCUGGCACCACUGCAGCUGCUGAAACAACCACUGCCGCCGCAACCACAGCUGCCGCUGCCACCACUGCAGCUGCUGACACAACUACUGCUGCCGCUGCCACCACUGCAGCUGCUGAAACAACCACUGCUGCCGCUACCACUGCUGCCGCUACCACUGCAGCUGCUGACACAACCACCGCUGCCGCUGCUACCACUGCAGCUGCUGAAACAACCACCGCUGCCGCUGCUACCACUGCUGCUCCUGCCACCGCUGCUGCUGACACAACCACCGCUGCCGCCACCGAGGCACCAACAACAGCUGCCCCAGUCACCACUGAAGCAACAACUGCUGCUGGCACCACUGCCGCUGCAACCACCACUGCAGCUGCUGAAACAACCACCGCUGCCGCUGCAACCACUGCUGCUGCUGACACAACCACCGCUGCUGCUGACACAACCACUGCUGCCGCUACCACUGCAGCUGCUGAAACAACCACAGCUGCCGCUGCAACCACUGCUGCCCUGCUGAAACAACGACUGCUGCUGGCACCACUGCCGCUACCACCGCUGCUGCUGACACAACCACCGCUGCCGCCGCAACCACUGCCGCUGCUGACACAACGACUGCUGCCGCUACCACUGCAGCUGCUGAAACAACCACUGCCGCCGCAACCACAGCUGCCGCUGCCACCACUGCAGCUGCUGAAACAACCACCGGCUGCCGCUACCACUGCUGCUGCUGACACAACCACCGCUGCCGCCGCAACCACUGCCGCUGCUGACACAACGACUGCUGCCGCUACCACUGCAGCUGCUGAAACAACCACUGCCGCCGCAACCACAGCUGCCGCUGCCACCACUGCAGCUGCUGACACAACUACUGCUGCCGCUGCCACCACUGCAGCUGCUGAAACAACCACCGCUGCCGCUGCCACCACUGCAGCUGCUGAAACAACCACCGCUGCCGCUACCACCACUGCAGCUGCUGAAACAACCACCGCUGCCGCUGCAACCACUGCUGCUCCUGCCACCGCUGCUGCUGACACAACCACUGCUGCCGCUGCCACUGCAGCUGCUGAAACAACCAAAGCUGCCGCUGCAACCACUGCUGCCGUUACCACCGCUGCUGCUGCCACCACCGCUGCCGCUGCCACCACUGCUGCUGCUGACACAACCACCGCUACCACUGCUGCUGCUGACACCACGACUGCUGCCGCUACCACUGCAGCUGCUGAAACAACGACUGCUGCUGGCACCACUGCCGCUACCACCGCUGCUGCUGACACAACCACCGCUGCCGCCGCAACCACUGCCGCUGCUGACACAACGACUGCUGCCGCUACCACUGCAGCUGCUGAAACAACCACUGCCGCCGCAACCACAGCUGCCGCUGCCACCACUGCAGCUGCUGACACAACUACUGCUGCCGCUGCCACCACUGCAGCUGCUGAAACAACCACUGCUGCCGCUACCGCUGCCGCUGCUACCACUGCAGCUGCUGAAACUGCUGACACAACGACUGCUGCCGCUGCCACCACUGCAGCUGCCACCACUGCAGCUGCUGACACAACUACUGCUGCCGCUACCACUGCAGCUGCUGAAACAACCACUGCCGCCGCAACCACCGCUGCCGCUGCCACCACUGCAGCUGCUGACACAACUACUGCUGCCGCUACCACCGCUGCCGCUGCUACCACUGCUGCUCCUGCCACCGCUGCUGCUGACACAACCACCGCUGCCGCUACCACUGCAGCUGCUGAAACAACCACCGCUGCCGUUGCCACCACUGCAGCUGCUGAAACAACCACAGCUGCCGCUACCACCGCUGCCGCUGCUACCACUGCUGCUCCUGCCACCGCUGCUGCUGACACAACCACUGCUGCCGCUACCACUGCAGCUGCUGACACAACCACCGCUGCCGCUGCAACCACUGCUGCCGCUGCUACCACCGCUGCUCCUGCCACCGCUGCCGCUGCUACCACGGCUGCUCCUGCCACCGCUGCCGCUGCUACCACGGCUGCUCCUGCCACCGCUGCUCCUGCCACCGCUGCCGCUGCUACCACGGCUGCUCCUGCCACUGCUGCUCCUGCCACCGCUGCCGCUGCUACCACGGCUGCUCCUGCCACUGCUGCUCCUACCACCGCUGCCGCUGCUGCCACCGCUGCUCCUGCCACCGUUGCCGCUGCUACCACCGCUGCUGCUGCCGCAACAACCGGAGCUCCAACUACCACUACUAAAGCCCCCACCACAGUUGUCACGACAACAGCUGUUGCUACAACAACGGCUGCUGCAACCACAGCCGCAUCAACCCGUCCACGUUACGUGAUUGGACUACGAUUUGUGAUGCUCACAGUCUUCAAUACAGAUUUCAAUGACCCCACCAGUGCUCUUUACCAGGAGCAAUCCCUGGCGGUCAUCAACUGGGCCACACCAAUCUACAGUAAUAGAUAUGGAACAAGGUUCAUCCAAGUCAUCGUCAUUGCAUUCAGGGCUGUGACACGGUAUCGCAUGGACAAUACGGAGGCAGAGUUGCAAGUUGUAUUCGAUCAGGACGCCCCGGAGGCCUUCCCCACCGCUGAAGAGGUCAGCGAGCAAAUCACAGUCGCGCUCACCUCAGACAACCCCUUGGACGUGGUGACCGACAGCGUCAGCACCGUCCAUUCGCCACAGGUGAAAGCUAAUGCACGCUUCACCACCAAUGAGACAACCACCACGUCACUGGACAUCACUGGCUUGAUCAACGUUAACUCUACCACCUACCGGAAUCGCGCGACCAUCGUCAAGCAAGAACUGGAGCCCUUCUUCCAAGAGGACUACACAGACUUCAUCAGCAUCUCCCCAUUAACAUUCAGCGAGGGCACAAUAUACCCCAACUCCCUUGUGCACUUCACAGAGCUGCACUUCACAUACGACGGCAAUGUGCCCAGCGACACAGACAUAUACAACACAAUGCUACGGGCAGCAAGGAGUGCUAACCUGACUCUCGACAUCAUAACUGUGAACGGCACAGCCAUCAACACCACCAACUCAGGCAGCACGAGCAGUAGGAUCAGCCUGUACACCGCCAUCAGCCUCGCCCUUAUCUCCCUGCUGGCCACACGGCCCUGGUAGAGCACACACAGCACAGGGUGUGGCCCAGGGGUGCACCACAGGUGUAUGAACUGAGUCCUGUCCAAAUUGAACUGCUUUGUUGAAAUGGGCUAACCCAUAGCCUAAAUCCAACGACGGGGGUGCACCACAGGUGUGUAUACUCGGCUGUGUCCAAAUCGGGCUACUUUGUCGAAAUGAACUAUCAGUAGCCCAAGCCACAGCCUAAACCCUAACACCUUCUCCGGAAGCUUGGCUAUGUUCACUGGAUACACUCUCUGGGCCACUUCAUUUUGCUCUUCGUACUCUACUCUACUCCCCACGCCCCAGUGUCCUCUUCAGAUUCAUGAAGGAAACAUGUCAUGCUUCCUGCUUGACAUGCUUGCAAUUUGCACAUGCUCAGUGCUUCAAAUGGACUCAAAGGAAGGAUAUAUUUAUUCUGGUUUAGCCUUUAUUUUUGAUACAUACAUAAUAUAUAAAUGUAUAUUUAUUGGCUGUAGCAUAUAACUUAUGUGUUGAAAUGAAGGAAAUGUGUGUGUGUG